UUCACUCGAUAGCACACGCAUCCAGUCACACACCAAGCAUCUCAAAAUGGCAUUCAAGUUCGUCGCUCUCUUCGCCCUGAUCGCCGCCGCCAGCGCUGGCGUCCUGCCCGCCGCUCAGGUCUACCAUGCUGCUCCCGCCGUGGCCACCUAUGCCGCCCCAGCUGCCGUUGUCAAGACAAUUGCCCCUGUGGCCCAGCAUGUGAUCACCAAGGCUGCCGAGGAAUACGAUCCCCAUCCCCAGUACAAGUACGCCUACAAUGUCCAGGAUGCCCUCUCCGGCGACUCCAAGAGCCAGGUCGAGGAGCGCGAUGGUGAUGUGGUCCGUGGCGAGUACUCUCUGGUCGAUGCCGAUGGCUACAAGCGCACCGUCCAGUACACCGCCGAUCCCAUCAACGGCUUCAACGCUGUCGUCAACCGUGAACCCCUCGUCAAGGCCGUCGCUGUUGCUCCUGUUGUAAAGACCAUUGCUGCUGCCCCCGUUGCCCACUAUGCUGCCCCAGCUGUCGUCAAGACCGUGGCUCCAGUUGCCCACUAUGCUGCUCCAGCUGUUGCUCACUACGCCGCUCCAGCUGUGGUCAAGACCGUCGCUCCAGUUGCUCACUAUGCCGCCCCAGCCGUCCACCUGGCCCAGCACUACUAAAUGCCAUUUUGUUGAGUGUGUUGACUGAAACUU